AUGACGAGUCCCAGCAAGGAAAAAGAUACUACUUAUGUAAAAGCAGUUGGAUGUGAAGAGAGCAGCUCAUUUAUUGGACAAAAUGACAAUUCGAAUGAGAUCGAGAAGAAAGUACUACGAAAGUUCGAUCUAUUGAUAAUUCCAUGCUUAUGUCUUGCAUAUCUUUUUUCGAAUUUGGAUAAGUCUAAUAUUGGAAAUGCUGAAGCUGCAGGUAUGAGCAAAGAUUUAAAAUUGGUCGGAAAUCAAUAUGGAAACGUCGUCAGUUUGCUCUAUGUAACUUAUGUCAUUUUCGAAACUCCAAUUGCACUUUCUUUGAAAUAUAUUGGACCCAAAUAUGUCCUAUCAGUGAUGUGUUUACUCUUCGGGAUCAGCUGUUUGUGUACUUCUUUUGCUAAUGGCUAUCACUCACUUUUGGCCUGUCGCUUAUUAGUAGGAUUGUUUGAAUCUGGAAUCAUUCCAUGUAUCAAUGUGUAUUUAGGAAUGUUGUAUACGAGAGGAGAAAUGGCCAAGCGCUGUUCAGCUGUUUAUGCUGCGGGUGCUACUGCUGGAGCUUUUGGCGGUCUCUUGGCUUUUGGAAUUACAAAAAUUGAGACAGAGAACUGGCAAGGUUGGAGGUUCUUGUUUGCAAUAGAGGGUGCUUUGACAAUAAUGUGUUUUCCUGUACUUAUUACCUUCUUACCUCGAGAUGUCACCAAAGUUUGGUGGCUCAGUGAAGAAGAAAAGCGAUUUUUGGAAAACAGAAUGAGAUCUAACCCUGAUUUCCACAUGUAUGAGAAGUUUUCGUGGUCAGAAGUAAUCAGAGGUUUAAAGGAUAAAAAUACUAUCUUAGUAUGCCUUUACCAGUUUUGCGUAGACAUAACAUUAUUUGGCAUUUCAACAUUCCUCCCAUCUAUUAUAAAGGGUAUGGGAUAUGGAUCUUAUAGCACACAGCUUUUAACAAUACCAUUUUAUGUCGUUGCACUUAUAAGCUUCGUAACAGUAGCCUAUUUUUCAGAUAAAACGGGAAACAGGGGUUUCUUUAUUAUAGGAGGAGUCCUCUGUGAGGUUAUAGGAUAUGCAAUACUUAUUGGUUCCAGGGCUCUUGGAGCACGAUAUUUUGGCUGCAUGAUGCUAGGGCUAGGUAUUUAUGUAUGCUCUGGGCUAAGUAUAAUGUGGGUUAAUAAUAAUAAUGCGGGCCAUUAUAAGCGCGCAACUGCAGCAGGGAUGUGUACAACGGUGGGAAAUGUUGCAGGGGUUGUCACUGGCCAGAUAUAUACAGCUGAUACUGCUCCUAGAUAUUUUAAAGGAUUGAAGACUGCAUUAGGUAUGACUUGCGGAGCAUUGAUCUUUGUGAGUUCCAUGGUAUUUAAUUUUGAUAAAGAAAAUAAAAAGAGAGAAAAGAUAUUGAAUGAUUUGGAAGGAAAAGAUAUUCUGAAUCCUGAGUACUUUGAACUCAAAGAUGACACUUCAUUAACAUUUAAAUUUUUACUUUAG